AUGUUUCGCUGGAAAAAUAGUGAAUCUUUUGAGAGAACAAUAAGCACGCGAUCACAGGGGAAAGUGAGUAGUGAUGGUGGUCUUCUGUACAUAAACAGGAAAGGAUUUCCAUCUAUUACUGUACAGGUUGUUUGCAAUGCUGAGCUGAAAAUCAUGGAUAUUGUUACAAGGUGGCAGGAUAGUGUUUAUGAUUCGCGGAUAUUUAGAGAGUGUCAGUUAAAACAGAGAUGCUUGGUGAACCCAUGA